AUGUGCAAAGAUGUAUUGACCAAGAGCCUAGGUAGACCGGCCGUGAUCCAGGCGGCUUUGGUUAACACAAGCAAGAAGCCAGAUAAUGCACAUCGUAAACUCUUUUGGAGUUGUCUCAAGACAGAGAGAGAGGUAGCCUCUGAAUUGGGGCUUGAGAUUGCAAACGCUCAGCUCAUCCAGUAUGAGAACAUGUCAUCACUUUUGCCAGAUCUAGAACCUUCAUGGCCAUCUUCUUCCGGCACAGACGGCAGUUCCGAUUCAUCGGUUGCACAACACGAGCAGAGCUGGAUGUACUACUUGACAGACAUCUCGCUUCGGAAGCUGGAAAUCCGAAUUGAGUCAUUCUUCGCGACUCAACAGGCAGAGCAGCAUCAACCAGUCAACCAGGACCGCGAGUCAUUUUACAAAGACAUUCUCAACACCUUGGCAGAUUUAGAUAACCAGAUCAUGCUCCAUUUUGUGAAUCUUCCGGAUUCUAUUACUAUUGAGACGGACGAGUCUGGCCAUUCCCCCGAUGAUCUGCGAGAAUAUUUGAGGCUCCGAUUAAUCAUCAUUCGCCACACACUGAGCAGGCCUGCCCUCCACUUCAUUCUUCAUGGCGACCUCGACGGACUAUCUGCGCAACUGCGAGCCCAGGCGAACGAGCUUGCAAACAGAGCUCUGCGGAUCGAUAGAUAUCUUAUAACCCACGGCCUAACUACACAUCGCCAUCCUGGGACCUGGCUCGGUAUUCGCUACUGUUCGUGUGCGGCGUUGGAGAUCAUAGCCGCAGCAAAAAGUGGCAUACCGGGUCUAGACUGUCUUCCAGCCUGGGAGCCCGGAAUGCAGAAGUUCAAGAUUGCACUCACGUAUUGGGGUGCUGAGAGUGCAGAUGCGAGGCUGUAUCUUGAGUGGAUUGUACGGUUGGAAUCAUGA